AUGCCUCAGGUCGAUCUUGAAACGCUUGUUGCGUCUUGCGCCGGAGGAGGCGUCGACCUUAAAAUUGCUUGCGAAACAGUGCCAGCGGCGGACGACGACCAGCCGCCGAAGAAUCACGACGGUGGAUCCGCCGAAUUGCCGCCGGAAUCAUUCUGGCUGUCCAAGGACGCAGAGUACGAUUGGUUCGACCGCAACGCCUUCUACGAGCGGAAAGAAUCCACCAAACCCAACUCGAAUCCGAAUUCGAAUCCCAAUCCGAAUCCGAAUCCGAAUCCAAAUCCGAACUCAAAUCCUAAUUCUCAGCGGUUACCGGCGCACUUGAAGAAGCCCUCCAUCAUCGGAUUGCCCAAGACUCAGAAAACCACUUACGUCGAUUCGAGGCGGCGGACCUGCAAAUCGGUGAACAUAAGGCUGUUUCCUAAACGGACCCAGUCCUCCGCCGGAAAAUCCGCGGCGCCUGUGGCGGAACCAGGCUCUCCGAAGGUCUCUUGCAUGGGUCGGGUCAGAUCUAAAAGAGGCCGCCGGAGGUCCAAUUCCGCCAGACGAGCCGAUAAACCGGCGGAGAAAUCCAUAGCCGGCGGGGAGAAGAAAAAGACCGGGUUUUAUUCCAAACUAGCAAACAUGUUCCGGUCCAGAAAGCAGCACAAAAAACCAAGCCGAUCGGGCAGCAGAAGAGUGGCGGACCGGAUGGAAGAACCGGCGGCCGUCGAACCGCAGCGGAAGAGCGUGAGUGUGAGAGUGCUAGAAAUUCCGACAACUGCCGAGGCGCCGGCUCUUGGAGGGAUGAAACGGUUCGCUUCGGGCCGGCGGUCUGGAUCGUGGACCUCCGACGACUUCAAUCAGGCGGCUUCCGGCGACCUAGAUCGGCGCGUGUGUAGGGGUUGA